CUACCACGACCUGCUCAUCGUUCUGUACGACGUCGACGACGUCCCAUGCGUCCCCUGACCUUGCACGCCUCCGCUCUCAACGAUGACGAAUACGCUCUCUUCACCUCAUCACUAGCUGACCUCGUCGCGCCCGACCCAGCGCCCACAGAACACGAGAAGCCGUUGAUCAGCACCCGCGAGGUCCGUGCAUGGCUUCGGGGACGUUAUGCCGAAUUACCUCUCUCUGAGCUGGACGCGAUCUUGCAAUUCUUUGCACCACCUCCAGGCCAGGAAGCUGUGCUCAGCGCUGGACAGUUCUUUGCUAUCCUUCGGCUCGUGAUUCACGUUCAGAGCGGAGAUGCGGUCGACCGCAACAUGGUGUUCAUUCAGGUCCAUCCUUCGCCUUCAAAGAGCCGGCCACAGUCCCCUUUUCGAGCGCCUGCGAAUGCCUUCAAACGUACGACCGUAAAUUUUCACUCUCGUCACGCCUCAAAUUCGUCAGAUGCGCCAGGCCCAGAUACAAACCCGUUCACCCAGCUCACCUCCGACCAAGUCCACCCUGCACCGCCUUCUCACCCCGAUAACCAACGUCCCCUCAUCCCGGUGCCAUCUGUACCAAGCUCCCCAAAAUCCUCGAAUCCCUUCGUGACCCGAUCUCGGUCUAUCCACACCACGACCAAACCCGUUGCUUCCACAUCACAAACCUCCAUCUUCGCUGCCGAACCCUCUCCUUCUCAUGUUGACCGCAAGCUCCCACCCCUACCACCGCGCAAACCCGCACCCCUCAUUCCACCUCGCACCGGCUCCAUCCUUUCCGGUGCUGCUAAAUCUGCACCUCUCCCUCCUCCCGCCGCGUCCCACACCACCGCACAAGCUCACCUCAAACCUCCCGCCCCACCUCCGCCUGCCAGUAAAGUUCCGCACGCCCUGUCUCCGCUGAUGAAGCAGUCGCUGCAGGCAAGCCGAGCGGGUCAGAACGCGAAGAAGGCGGAGGCGGAGAGGGAGGCAGCCAGAGUGUUGCAGGUGUUGAAGAGCAGUUCUGCCACGUUGACCAUGAAUGGACAUGGUCACGGAAGAUCCGGAAGGAGUGGGAGUCAUAGUGGUAGCAUGAGUCCUCCCAGGGUCGGUGGUGCUUCUGGCCUGAGGAGCUCAGGCAGCCUCGGAGGAUCGAGCAGUACUAGUUUGUCUUCUUCUGCGGACGAGCACAGGUCUCCACCGCCUAUUCCUGCGAGGAAGAAAAGUACCGUGAGACGCGCUGGGGCAUACAGUCCACCGCCUUCAUCGGGCGACUCGACGAAGAGCUUCGAUCAGGUCGCUAGUGCUUCCCUGCCUUCGCUAUCGGAAUCACCUUUUAUGCCUACGACACCCAAUGCCGCACGGCGAACGUUCACCAGCCCCGCCCGAUCAUCCAAGUCACCCUCCCGUUCUCCUUCGUACUCUCCAUCACGAACGACCACCGACCUUCCUCCACCACCACCUCUUCACCCAGAUCGCAAAGUAUCGCGGAUCGGCGUCGGAGUGCCCGUCGUGAGCGAAGAAUCACCCGUCUCGCCUAGUGAUGGCAGUUCACCGAAUUCAACCCCGAGGAUGACGCGGUCAAAGUCGAUGCAUCAACCGUCCACACCGACGUUACCCCCUCCCCGACGCAAGAGACCAGAAAGCGUGCAAUAUCCGCCUUCGUCGCCUCUGCAUCCUUCUUUCUUCGCGGCUCCGGCUUCUGCGCAGCCUACGUCGUCGACAUCACCCUUCCCGAAGUUGACGCGACAUAUGAGUACGACUUCGACGACGCGGGAGCGCGAAUAUGGGGCGAAUGGGGGUGGUGGUGGUAGUGAUGGGCCGAUGAGUAUUGCGAGUUUGAGAGAGGCGUUUAGUGGGAUUGGGAAGGAUUUGGGGUUGGAUAAGGCGCGGUAUAAGGCCGAGGCGGGACUUUCGAGGCGGGGGUAUGUGCCUGGGACGAGCGUGACGCAGAGGCCGGGAGGGUUGUUCUACGAGGAGGGCAAGCAGAGGUUGGUCGAUCGGGAUGGGAGGAGUGGUUAUAAGGGACGAGGUGGUGAGAGUGGCGAGAGUUUGGAUGGUGUUGGGGUGGAUUAUGAUGGAGAUGCGGAUGUAGAUGCGGAUGGGGGGAUGGAUGAUGAUAAUCCUUAUGGUGGGAUUGAGAGGGACGAAAUGAAGUGGCCGGCUGGAGAUGGGUGGAAACCUUUACGGUAGGAUGUUUUGUGCCUUCGCAUACAUGGACUAUUAUCUCCGUUUUGCUUGGCCCACAUCUCAUCCUUCGUCUAUGCUCUCUCACUGUUCAUCGUCAACCCACCUAUUCAUGUCAUGUUCCAUCUCCCGUCCCUCUAACUGGAAUUCUACCGUCUCAUCCCACUUUAUCUUCUAUCCUAUUGCAUUCAUCUCUAACUCCGACAGUCGCACAUCGACUGUUACACCCAGAAGAUAUAUGCAUCUUCAUAAUCCAUCAUCGAUGCCCAUACUCUUCGACAUAUUCGCUGUAUAACUCUUUUUUUCGUCACCCCUUCCGCAUACUCUACAAUAAACAGACAUCAAUACUGGAUAACUUACGUACUGUAUCUAUCGGGGACAGAAGACGGCUGGAGGAGGUGGGGGCUGCAGAGAGUGGGGGCGAUGAACAAUGAACGAACGAUGAGAACUAGGAUGUGUAUGAAUAGCUUACUGUAGUUAGCAGGGAUAUUCGAUCGGAUUGUAGAUGCUUUUGUAUAGUUUCAACUAGGCUGGGUCGUGGGCUAGCUAAUAUAUAGUUCCUGGAGAACG